AUGCGUGGCCUGGCAGUGGCCUCCCGAGCCGCCCGUGGCUCUCAGAGGCGCCUCAUGGGGCUGCAAGCCGGUGGGCAGUCUGCAUCGCUCGCAUCCAUGCCAGACAGGAGUGCCGCGAGCACUUUGUGGGAUGCGACGGCGAGCACGAGGCAUGGCCCGAUGACAAACGGGACUUUGUUCUACAUCCCUGUGACACAG